AUGUCCAGCAUAACAACCUUUCCGUCACUGAUUGUGGGUCUUGUGCACGCCAGCACGGUCAUGAGCAUCGACCUACAGUUCCACAUCAUCUAUCCUGACUCUUCGCAAGUCGUACAGGUGGGCUAUGACACGGAAGAGCGAAAAUGA